CCUCCUGUACCAAUCUCUCUCUAUUCCCUAUAUGCGGCUUGCCUCUCCACAGCGCCGAGUCGCCUUAAUAGCGUAGGGCGGAACGAUUGGGAUUUCGUCACAUCCGUCCAUUGCUUGUCUUGUCUUGUCUUUCUUUUGCUCGUUGGUUGUUACAGUAGUGGUACUCAACACCGCAAUGUCAGCCAUGUCGAUCCUUGAGCCAGAGGCUGGUAUCUUCUACGCAGUCUGCUGGGUUGUGGUCAUAAUUCGCCUCAUCUCGAGGCGAAUGCAUCUCGGAGCAUGGAAACAUCUACAGCUGGAUGACUACCUGAUCGUUAUGGCCAUGGUCACUGCUACCGUCCUCCUUCUUCUCAUGCAAGAAGUUGUCAAAACCAGCAGCAAUCUCAUUCCCGCGGAUGAGGAUGUCUCGACGUUGUCUGAAAAUGACAUUAUGACGCGCGUAUAUGGCUCCAAGUUGGUUCUCGUUGUGGAGCAAAUGCAAAUUGCGACAAUUUGGCUCAUCAAAGCCUGUCUCCUCAUCAUGUACAACCGUAUGACUCUUGUUCUACCUCAGCAUAUCUUCGUACAAGCCACAGCUGUAUAUGUCUUCCUUGGCUUUGUCGUCAUGGAGAUUCUCUACUUCGGUGUCUGGUGCAGACCUUUUAACCAAUAUUGGGCGGUUCCCACGUAUUCUGUUCAGUGUUCUGCAGCGACAAACCAUCUGAUCACCAACGCGGUUUUGAAUAUCAGUUCCGACUUGAUCAUCAUCAGCAUACCAUUGCCGCUCCUGUUCAAGGUUCGUCUACCAAUGAAGAACAAGAUCGUUCUCUUCGUAAUCUUCCUCAUCGGCGCGUUCACAAUUGUGGCGGCCAUCCUCAACAAAUACUACUCGUUUACCCAUCCAUUUGGAACGGAAUGGACAGUAUGGUAUCUACGAGAAUCAUUUACCGCGCUGCUUUGCGCCAACCUCCCCUUGACGUAUCCACUCAUCCAACGCAUCUUUAAGUUGAAGAACUGGAGCCACAACUCAAGCGCCACAUACGGAACACAAUCACAAACACAGACGACAGCGAGAUUUAGUUGGGCAACCCGUAAGAUCAUGUUCAAGCCCAAGGCUUUACACAUUGCCGGCAGACGGCCAGAGAGUCAGGAAAGGAUACACCAUUCAUUCGACACUCAAAACGCAGGAAACAAUGCACACUUCAUCACCAGCGCAAUUGCGAUGGAGGACGUGAAGUCGGCAGACAUGUCGAGUAUAGGCAGUCCAGGGACAUCUAACACAUGGCGGAGUAGUCAUGUCAGCAGCAAGGAUUUUGCAUUCUCCCACGCGGUCUGAUGUUUUGAUUUUAUCUAGCCAGUUUUUGGCACGCAGAAAUUCCCGAGAGCGCCUAUUAUACCCAAUAUUAGACUUCAUUGAUUCGCAGAUGGUCUUUGUUUGAUUGCGGCUAAUGACUAGGAAACCUUCGGUCCGCAUCAUGACGCACUGUCGAGAUUUGUCUCCUUCGAAGUCAUCAUUCCAUUACGGGGGCUACUGCUGCUACUGAUAUCAUUUUGGGCAAGCUCACAAACUUACAGUCAAUACGAUGAACGUCUCACGA